GUCGCCGCCAGGGGGAGUGUCCGUCGGGAAACGUGGUGUUGCUUCCUUGGUGUGAAGGUGCUUUCAAACUUCAGGUUUCUGAUCCUUUCCCCUGGGUUCUGAAGAGCGUAGAGGAAGAUGGAGACCGAGUCCGGGGCGCAAACAUCAAAUCAGACGCAAACAGAUUCAUUAUCUCCAUCCCCUAAUCCUGUAUCACCUGUGCCUUUGAAUAACCCAACAAGUGCCCCAAGAUAUGGAACAGUGAUCCCUAAUCGCAUCUUUGUAGGAGGAAUUGACUUUAAGACAAAUGAAAACGAUUUAAGAAAAUUUUUUUCCCAGUAUGGGUCUGUAAAAGAAGUGAAGAUUGUAAAUGACAGAGCUGGAGUGUCCAAAGGGUAUGGUUUCAUCACUUUUGAAACACAAGAAGAUGCACAAAAAAUUUUACAAGAGGCUGAAAAACUUAAUUAUAAAGAUAAGAAACUGAACAUUGGUCCAGCAAUAAGAAAACAACAAGUAGGAAUUCCUCGUUCCAGUAUAAUGCCUGCAGCUGGAACAAUGUAUCUAACAACUUCAACUGGAUAUCCUUACACUUAUCAUAAUGGUGUUGCUUAUUUUCAUACUCCAGAGGUAACUUCUGUUCCACCACCUUGGCCUUCACGUUCUGUAUCUAGUUCCCCUGUGAUGGUAGCUCAGCCAGUUUAUCAGCAACCUGCGUAUCACUAUCAGGCCCCUGCACAGUGCCUACCAGGACAGUGGCAGUGGGGCGUUCCUCAGUCUCCUGCAUCUUCUGCUCCAUUCUUAUACCUGCAACCUUCUGAGGUUAUUUAUCAACCGGUGGAAAUCGCACAAGAUGGUGGAUGUGUCCCUCCUCCACUGUCUCUGAUGGAAGCCUCAGUUCCAGAGCCAUAUUCUGAUCAUGGAGUUCAAGCAACAUAUCACCAGGUUUAUGCUCCAAGUGCCAUCGCUAUGCCUACACCUGUGAUGCAGCCUGAGCCAAUUAAAACAGUGUGGAGCAUUCAUUAUUAAGACAACUGGGCAGCUCUAGUCCAGCUCAACUGAUUUCUUGUCCAAUGAUCCUUGUGUGGCCAAGAUCCAGCUUCAACGAACGGUCUAGAAGCUGCCCAUUGUGACACUUAGGGUUAGUUAAUACCUCGCCAUACUUAUUUAUUCCAUUAUAAGCUGUCUAAAUUCGAUGAAAUUUGCUUUUUCAGCUGUUCUACAAAACUAUUUAGGUAGUUGUGGCAUGUUGGUUUGUUUAUGUGUUAAUCUAACUGUAGUGAAUUUUCUACAUGUUUUAUCCAUUCCAUAAAUAAUAACCACAUUGGGAAUAGUGAGGUGUCUUUCAUUUUCUCUGCUUUGUGUUAUUUCUUUUCCUCUCAAUCUUUUAGGAGUAAUGUUUAAUAGUCAUUACUAUUUAUUUUAGUAUUUAGGAUAAGAGUCCUCUCUAAUGCUAAUAGAAUUUUUAAUACUUUCAUGCCUUGUGGUAUAAGUACAUUUGAUCUUAAUGAUUCAGUUCUAAUACUGGCUAUUUUAUCAUUUAAUAUGUUUUUGACUGAGUUUUUAUUUAUUACUGCUAUUCCUUAUUUAAUUUUGCUUCUGCCAUGGUUUUCAAAAUUUGAGUAAUAUUUAUACUUUUUUUAUAACAUUUUCCAAAUAUUAGAAACACUUCAACAUGAUCAGUUUUCUUACCUUUUCAUAUGAUUAAUUUGACUAUAUUAAAUUUUUACUCUAAUAUUUGUGAUAAUGCUGAAGCCUUUUAUAAUAUAAGCCAUUUGGUACCCAAAUUUAUAUAAUACGGUUCACCUAGUAGAAUUGUUUUGAUAAAAGAAGGGCUCACCUCUGACAUCCCAUAAUACUGACUGAUACCCCACUAUAUUUUGGUAUCCUCUACUGCUUUAAUAUUUUGACUUUUUAUUCUUAUAUGUUACCAAUAUAUUCAAUUAUAUGUUAUUAAUAUUUUAAAAGACAGUUAUUUUCAUAAAAAGCAAAGCUAUUUCUUACACCAAAGGAAAACUUUAAAUUCUGAUUCUAAAGCCAAUCUUAUUAUAAAAUUAGAAAAUAGGUAGGGAGGAAAAGCCAUUGUUCAAAAGUUACAGAACAAAUUAUUUUCAUCACUGUAAUUUCUGUAAUAGUAUUAAAAAAUCCACUUUACAUUCAUUUGCAAUUCUUUUACUUGACUUCCUAAUUUUAGGUGAGAAGAGGAAAAUCCAUAAAUACUGGCAUUACCCUAAUUUAUCUCUCCUCUCUCCUUUUCUAUGCCCAAAUGUAUUACAUGUUCAACAGCAUAAGCAGAAAUAAUAAGACUUAGAUCCCAAAGAUUUUCCUGAUGAGUCAAAUAGGGUGUUUCUUUUGAAACCAUAAUAAACAGUAGGACUAUAUGAUUAUAUAUUAGCCUACAAGUAUCCCAUGCACAUUAAUUAUUCUGUUUUUAGAAAUAUAAAUAGACUAAUAAGUCCCACAAUGAAAUUUCAAAAGUUUUUGUUCUGUAAGUAAAAAUGAUUGACCACUGAUGUUAGAGAUAUUUUAAUAGCACUCUCCUUGAUUUUCAAAAUGUUUAACAUGAUGCUAAACAAAUCCUGGACUGUUAAUAAAAGUUAAUGAUGUAUUAUUGGAUAAGGAAUUUUGAUAAUAAUUGAUACCCAAGUGUGUUUCUUCCACAAAACUAUAGAGAUCUGCGUACACACAUAUACUAUGUACACACACACACACACACACACAUAUAUAGAUUAUAUACACAUGCACAUUAUAUAUACAUACAAUUCAUAUACACACUUUCUUAGAAUUUAGCUUCAUUUUGUGAAGCUAAUUAAAACUGUGGAAUUCACUGUCAACCAGAAUAUAUGGAGGACAUCAUCAACUUUCUUUACGACCUAGUUUGAUAGCCCAAACAGGUUAUUUCUAAAACCAGAUUGAGACGAUAAAAAUUCUCCUUAUAUAACUAGGUAAAAGCCAUUUUAUUUUUCUCUUUUUUGUAUUAUAUCAUCUAUAGAUAAAUUUGAAGUUUCCAUUUAGUUCCUAUUUUGAAAGGCCAAUCUGAAGACAUCUGAGGAAAUUCACUGGGUUAGAGUGAAAUGGAUAAUACAAAUAUUAGUAUCAUCACAUGUACCAAAAUCACAAAUAACUUUGCAACCUGUUUUCCCCAAAUCUCUAAUAUAAUCAGAGAUAGAAAGAUGGUAGCAUGUCAAAAAAUAAAGGAUCUUGGAAAAU